GCCGAUCGUUGUCGCAUCGUUCAGCCGCGAUCGCACGCCGAUCGGGCACGAAAUUCCCCACACACUAAUCGCAGUCGGCGACGAGUUCCGAAGCCGGACCUGCCGGUGCACAUCCUCGGAGCGCAAUCAAUAGUACCGUACGGUGAUCCUCAGCAGAAUGGUGAACUUGAAGAACGUACCUUCGUCGUCAUUGCUGGCGUUGUUUUGGAUUGCAGCUACGGGUCAUGCUGCCUCUUUAUUCGAUACGUGCUCGGACGGGGCCGGAGUGCGCGGAGUAUGUUUACCGUUGAAGGAUUGCGAUACGGCCAGAGCAAUGUUGUUGCGCGGGGGUUUAACCAAUGCGGAAAAGGAGUAUCUCCGGAAGUCGGACUGUGGUACUAAUGCAGAUGGGAGGAUGAUUUGUUGUCCUUUGCCGAGGUUACUGAAGGCACGAUUCUCAGCACCGGCAUCGUUACCACCGGUUGGGAUAUGUGGGAAGGAUACUGGCGAUCGUAUCGUCGGAGGUAACAUUACCAAGAUAGACGACUUCCCAUGGCUGGCGAGGAUUCAAUAUUAUAAACCUAAUAGGCGAUUCGGAUUUCACUGCGGCGGAGUGCUAAUCAAUGAACGCUACGUUCUCACAGCGGCUCAUUGCAUUCACAGCGUGCCAUCUUCAUGGACACUAUACAAGAUUCGCUUCGGCGAGUACGACACCCAAGCGGACAACGACUGCAACUACUACGAUCAGACGGAUUGCGUCGAGGCCCAGCAGGACGUCCUGAUUGCAUCGUACUACAUCCACGAGGACUACUUCCAAGAAAACGGCGCAGACUACAACGAUAUUGCGCUGAUUCGCUUGGCCCUGCCGGUAACCUUCACUCCGUUCAUCCAGCCCAUCUGUCUACCGGUCACCGAGGAACAACGCCAGCUACCCGCCGACACGGCCCGGAUGAUGGUCGCCGGAUGGGGUCAAACGGAAAACAAAAGCGCCAGUCAGUACAAAAUGUUCCUAGAGGUUCCCGGAUGGGCUAACGACAAGUGUAGGGAUGCGUUCUCAUCAGUUAACGUGGAUAUCAUAGACACGCAACUGUGCGCUGGAGGAGAAGCCGGGAAGGAUUCCUGCCGAGGGGACUCCGGCGGCCCUUUGAUGAAGCAGGAAAGCUUAGGAGGAAAGUCAGCGUGGUUCCUAAAAGGAAUUGUUAGUUUUGGCACGGAAAAAUGCGGAACCGAAGACGUUCCCGGUGUUUACUCUAGGGUUAGUAAAUACAUGGACUGGAUUUUGGAAAAUAUAGAAGAGUAGCGGGAUAUAA